ACACACACACACACACACACACACACACACACACACACACACACAAAAGCACCACGGAGGGAGGGUUGGUGUGUGUUUAGGGAGUGUCCCGUCCCGUUACAGAGCCAGACUGCGGCUCUUCGCUCUGCUCUGCCGGCGACUCGAGACCUCUCUUCUCCUGCUGCAGCCCGGUCGUCUCCCCGCUGCUCGUCCAGGUCCACACCGGUCCGUCCACAGCCUCCACAUUCAGACAGGAUGGCAGCGCACCACGUAGAGUUUGAGCGGGCCGGUCAGAACCCGGGUCUUCAGGUGUGGAGGGUGGAGAACUUUAACCUGGUGCCAGUUCCUGAAAACCUGUAUGGGGGAUUUUACACCGGGGACGCCUACCUCAUCCUCAACACCAUCAAACAGCGCUCCGGAAACCUGCAGUACGAUCUCCACUUCUGGCUGGGGGAUUUUUGCACCCAGGAUGAGAGCGGCUCAGCAGCCAUCUUUACAGUCCAAAUGGACGAUUUCCUGGGAGGAAAACCCAUCCAGUACCGGGAGGUGCAAGGGCAUGAGUCCAAAACCUUUCUGGGCUACUUCAAAUCUGGAAUCAAGUACAUGAAAGGAGGCGUGGCAUCAGGGUUCAAGCAUGUUGUCACCAACGAGGUGUCGGUGCAGCGGGUGCUGCAGAUCAAAGGUCGUCGUGUUGUCAGGGCGACGGAGGUUGCAGUCAGCUGGGACAGCUUCAACCAGGGAGACUGCUUCAUCCUGGACCUGGGAGAUGAGAUUUAUCAGUGGUGUGGCUCUCAGAGCAACCGCUUCGAGAAGCUGAAGGCUACUCAGGUCGCUAAGGGUAUCCGUGACAACGAGCGCAGCGGGAGAGCCCGGGUGUAUGUCUGCGAUGAGGGGGUGGAGAGAGAGAAGAUGCUAGAGGUUUUAGGUCCCAAACCAGAUCUGCCUCCAGGAGCUUCUGAUGACAUCAAGGCUGAUGCUUCAAACAGAAAGAGGGCCAAACUCUACAAGGUUUCCAAUGCCAGCGGAGCAAUGACCAUCGCACUGGUAGCAGCUGAGAACCCGUUCGCUCAGAGCGCCCUGGAGUCUGGUGACUGCUUCAUCCUGGAUCACGGCUCAGAUGGCAAGAUCUUCCUAUGGAAAGGAAAAGAUGCCAACAUGGAUGAACGAAAGGCGGCAAUGAAAGCAGCCGACGAGUUCAUCAAGAAGAUGGGAUACCCCAAGCACACGUCGGUCCAGAUCCUCCCGGAGAUGGGCGAGACGCCGCUCUUCAAGCAGUUCUUCAAAAACUGGCGCGAUAAGGAUCAGACCGAAGGUCUGGGCGUGGCCUACAUCGCCAACAGCAUUGCCAAGAUUAAGAAGGUGCCCUUCGAUGCAUCCAGCCUUCAUGAGUCGCCCGCCAUGGCGGCCCAGCAUGGCAUGGUGGAUGAUGGCAGCGGGGAGAAACAGAUCUGGCGCAUUGAGGCUUCAGAUAAGGUCCUGGUGGAUCCGUCCACACAUGGACAGUUCUAUGGAGGAGACAGUUACAUCAUCUUGUACAACUACAGUCAUGAAGGACGUCAGGGACACAUCAUCUACAUGUGGCAGGGAAUGGACUCCAGUCAGGAUGAGAUCGGAGCGUCGGCGAUCCUCGCUGCCCAGCUGGACGAAGAGCUGGGUGGAGGUCCUGUUCAGGUUGUUGGUGCUCCCAUAACCACUCAGGUGAGGGUGGUUCAGGGGAAGGAACCUGCCCAUCUGAUGAGUCUGUUCGGAGGACAGCCCAUGGUGGUCUACAAGGGAGGAACAUCCAGGGAGGGAGGUCAGUCGGCUCCUGCUGAGGUCCGAUUCUUCCAAAUCCGCUCCAACUCCACAGGACACACCAGAGCCGUGGAGGUUGAUGCAGCGGCGUCCAACCUGAACUCCAACGAUGCUUUUGUCCUCGUGACCCCCGACGGCAGCUACAUGUGGGUGGGAGCGGGUGCCAGCGAAACAGAGAAGCAGGGUUCUCAGCAGCUGUGUGACAUUCUGGGAGUGUCAGUCUCAGAGCUGUCCGAGGGAGGAGAAAGUGAUCAGUUCUGGGAGGCUCUGGGUGGGAAGGCAGAAUACCGGACCUCCACCAGGCUCAAGGACAAGAUGGACGCUCACCCACCGAGACUCUUUGCUUGCUCCAACAAAACUGGAAACUUUAUCAUUGAGGAGGUACCUGGGGAGAUGACCCAGGAUGACCUCGCCACAGAUGAUGUUAUGAUCCUUGACACCUGGGAGCAGGUGUUUGUCUGGAUUGGAAAUGACGCCCAGGAAGAGGAGAAAGCUGAAGCCAUGGCUUCUGCUGUCCGCUACAUCGAGACCGACCCAGCCAACAGAGACAGCAGGACGCCCAUCGUCAAAAUCAAGCAGGGCUUCGAGCCGCCCACGUUCACCGGCUGGUUCCUGGGCUGGGACCAUGACUACUGGACCAGCGACCCUCUGGAGCGGGUCAUGGCAGAACUGGCUUUGUGAGCUCUCAGCUGAUCCACCCCUCCAGGCCCGUCUGCUGUUCUGCUAGCAACUCCUUGACUUUCUUUAGCUGCCAAUACCCAGUGGGAGUUUUUAGUUUUUCUGUCUUGUGCGACGCUAGUGCCUUCACAAGUCUUUUAAACACAGCCAUUAGAAAACAGGGCUUCAGAGAUGAACAAGCUCUCUGUUGUUUUGCACUAAAUAUAGUUUAAAUAUAGAAUUUCUGAGGAAUAUUCCAACUUUUAUAUUUUGACAAUGAAACAAAGUGAUACUGUUAUGAUUCUACAGCUCAGAAGGAACACGACUAAUGCCUUAACUUGUCCUUUGGUUUACAGUAAGCUGUUUUUUUUUUCAAUGACCGUUUCAGGUGAACGAUCCAUUGUUUUAGUUUAAACAUCACUUUUAUAUUUAUUUUUAGCAAUCAGCCUUGGCAAGAAAACUUAUUCUGCGGUUUUAUCUUUGAACAGUGACUGGACAUGAUGCUGCUUUCUAAACCAGUUCCAUCUUCUGUCAUACUUACUUCAAUUAAACCAAAUGAAACACC